GAUGGCGCCGCUUCUUCGAGCCCUCGGGGACCUCGGAAAGUUUGCUUGAGGGCGGGAUUGAGAAAGCCGAGGCCCCGGAGUGGGGUUGGCGGCCCGGGGAAAGGGUGGGAGAGCCGCGGCGUGACGGUGUCGCUCUUGCCUCACCCCACCGCGUGUGUGUUGGGGAACUGGGCUCCUGAUCCCGAGGUAGAAGUGGAAUCGAUCCCCCGAGUCGGGGUGGGGAGCCGGUUUGCCCACUCCCCAGGCAGCCCAGGUCCCGUGACAGGGCCGAGUGUGACAGCGGGCCCCCAAAAGCUCGGUGCCCGAGGGCAGGAGGUUGGGCGGACCGUGGAGAGGCAGCUAGGCUGAUUGGGCGGCUCCUAGGGCUUCUGGGGCCAGGCGCUUUAGGGACACACGCACGCAAAACUAUGACUUGGAGACACGGAUCGCCAAAAUAGAGACCUCUUGGCAGGGGCCAGAGUUUCCGUAGGAGGGAGCCAUCAGCCUUCCUGCUCCCGCUUUCCCGCUCUCCCGGGUUCUCCCUCCUCUCUCUUCCCUCCUCUGAUGCCGCCUAUGGGACUCAGCAGCCGCACAGCGCGGGUCCCCUGAUGCCAGCGCCUUGCUUUCGGGGUUUGGGGGACUGCAGAGGCGGUAACCAGUCAAUGAAUUCCUGACCUCUUCACCGCACCCUAACUCUGCCGCCCUUUCCUCAUGACUAUAUGCUUUCCUGACCACAGUCACCUCCUGACCCCUUGGCACUUAGGCUCAGUGAGGUUCUCUCGGUCUGCCCCCACCCCCCACCCACCACACCCCAGCCGAGGGAUUUGAUGGCCAUUUGAUUCCUGCCCCUCAUCCCUCUGCCCGAGAUAGAGGCCUGUCUGGUCCUGCAGCUUCUUUUGGUUAAUGUUUGACAGUUCAUUGUGGCUAAUCAUUUUAAUUAGCUCUUAAAGUGGGGAGGAACAGUUAACCUUGGACUUCUCGAUUUUGGCCUGGUGGGGCCUCAAAUGGGAGGAGUGCUGGGGAGGUGGGGAGGUAGGAACGGAAGUGAGGUCACCACCCCAGGGCCUGAGCCACCACUGCUCAGCCUCAACAGCUGGUGGGCACGCCCAUUGGGGACUCAUCCCCAGCGAGCUGACCCCAACCCUGAGUGCCAGGUUGGAGGGAGGUCACUCCUGUGGUUGGCCCAGCCCAGCAUGCAGCCUUGAGCCUGGCUUAGGCUACCACCGCCUCCAGCUCUCUACACCCCUAUCGUACAGCUGCUCACGGGGUAGGCUCUAGGCUCCACGGUACCUGAGCACAUCUCCUCAUCAAGAAAGCACCGCAGGUCCAGGGGGCCCUGCGAAUCCCACUGUUGGUGCCCUGGGAAAACAGCAUGGCUAUUACCCUACAGCCUAGUGACCUGAUCUUUGAGUUUGCAAGCAACGGGAUGGAUGAUAUCCACCAGCCACUCCCUUCACCUGAAGUGUCACAGAGAGAAAGCUGCUGGGUCAACCACAUAGCAAGAUUGGAAGACCCCUCGGUGUUCCCGGCUGUGAUCGUGGAGCAGGUACCCUACCCUGAAUUACUGCAUCUGUGCUCAGGACUGGAGCUGGACGACAUUCACAAUGGCAUCAUAACGGACGGGACCUUGUGCAUGACACAGGAUCAGAUCCUGGAGGGCAGCUUUUUGCUGGCAGAUGACAAUGAGGCCACCUCACACACCAUGUCAACAACUGAAGUCUUGCUCAAUGUGGAGUCUCCCAACAACAUCCUGGAUGAGAAGCAGAUCUUCAGUACCUCCGAAAUGCUUCCAGACUCAGACCCUGCUCCAGCCGUCACUCUGCCCAACUACCUGUUUCCUGCCUCUGAGCCCGGUGCCCUGAACAGGGCGGGUGACACUAGUGACCAGGAGGGGCAUUCUCUGGAGGAGAAGGUCCCCAGAGAGGAAAGUGCCAAGAAGACUGGGAAAUCAAAGAAGAGAAUCCGGAAGACCAAGGGCAACCGAAGUACCUCACCUGUCACUGAUCCCAGCAUCCCCAUACGGAAGAAAUCAAAGGAUGGCAAAGGCAGCACCAUCUAUCUGUGGGAGUUCCUUCUGGCGCUUCUGCAGGACAGAAACACCUGUCCCAAGUACAUCAAGUGGACCCAGCGAGAAAAGGGCAUCUUCAAGCUGGUGGAUUCCAAAGCUGUGUCCAAGCUGUGGGGGAAGCAGAAAAACAAGCCUGACAUGAACUACGAGACGAUGGGGCGGGCACUAAGAUAUUACUACCAAAGAGGCAUCCUGGCCAAAGUGGAAGGGCAGAGGCUAGUGUACCAGUUUAAGGAGAUGCCCAAGGACUUGGUGGUGAUUGAAGAUGAGGACGAGAGAAGUGAAGCCACAGCGGCGCCGCCUCAGGCCUCCACCAGCACCACCCGGCGAGCCAGCUCCAGGGUCUCGUCCAGAGCUGCCCCCCAGGUCAAGAGCGGCUCUUCCUGGGAGAAGCCAAAGGUCCCGCACGUUGGUCUCCAGCCAUCUGCGAGUCUGGAAUUGGGACUGUCUCUAGACGAGGAGACCCCCACUACCUCCACCAUGCUUGUCUCCCCAGCGGAGAGCCAGGCCAAACUCACCAAAGCUGUGAGUACGACUUCGGUGCCCAGCAACAUCCAUUUAGGAGUGGCCCCUGUGGGAUCAGGCUCGGCCUUGACCCUGCAGACAAUCCCGCUGACCAGGGUGCUGACCAGCGGGGCCCCCGCCAGCACUACUGCUUCCACCCAGCUCGUUCUGCAGAGUGUUCCGCCUGCCUCGACUUUCAAGGACACCUUCGCUUUGCAGGCCUCCUUUCCCCUGAGCGCCAGCUUCCCAGACAGCCAGGUGGCAGCCCCAGGGGCUCCGCUGAUCCUCAGUGGCCUCCCCCAACUUCUGGCUGGGGCCAACCGUCCAACCAACCCAGCGCCACCCUCGGUCACAGGGGCUGGACCAGCAGUGCCCAGCUCUCCGGCCCCUGGGACUGUCAUUGCUGCCUUCAUCAGGACUUCUGGCACCACAGCAGCCCCUGGGGUCAAGGAGGGGCCACUGAGGUCUUCCUCAUAUGUGCAGGGCAUGGUGACUGGGGCCCCCAUGGAGGGGCUGCUGGUUCCUGAAGAGACCCUGAGGGAGCUCCUGAGAGAUCAGGCUCAUCUUCAGCCACUUCCAACCCAGGUGGUUUCAAGGGGUUCCCACAAUCUGAGCCUUCUGGGGAACCAGACUUUCUCUCCUCCCAGCCGCCCCACUGUUGGGCUGACCCCGGUGGCUGAACUUGAGCUCUCCUCAGGCUCAGGGUCCCUGUUUAUGGCUGAGCCUAGUGUGACCGCAUCUGGGAGCCUGCUGGCCAGAUCCCCAACUCCGGCUCCUUUCUCCCCAUUCAAUCCCACUUCCCUCAUUAAGAUGGAGCCCCAUGACAUGUAAACAAAGGGGUCAGAAGUGUCAUCCACCUGGCGAAAAUGAGCUUCAUUUUUAUACGAAGUGACUUAAGUAGCACGCCUGCCCCUGUGUUUCAGUGGGAUGUCAAUACACCUGACUCCUGGGCCCCCAGCCCUGCCUGGCUUCACAGUGGCCAAACUGUCCAGUUUGUGCAUCCCUGGCAUCAGACUGUGGCCUUCAAGAGCACUAGGGGAUACGCUCUUGGCAGGAUAAUGGGCUGACUUGGUGAUGGAGGGAAAAACCCCAGAGCCAGGGAGAACUCUGUAGCCAGGGCUGGUGCAGGGGCUCCAUGAGAAGGUCCUUCCACCUGGCUGGGUCUUGACGCGUACGUUCCCUACUUGCUAUCCCAUAUGUGAAUAUCUCUGUAUGUAUUUGUGUGUACUUGUGAGUCUGUAUCUUAGUUUCUUUGGGGAGGACAGGGGUGUAGCUGUGAGGUCUGGUCUUCAAGGGCGUGCAUAUCUCUCUGUGGGUCAGCCACAGGGAUGGGGAUUUUUUUAAGGGAAAAUAUUCUCCUGUUCCCUUUGUACACACCAACAUUCAAUUGCUCGGAGACUAUGGGGUACAGGUUUGAUCCCCCAAAUCUGGAGAGAUGGCACAGAGCUGGAACAGGUACAAGGUAGGAGAGCUUCAAUGGGCAUGCGUGUGGGCAUGUGAGAAGACGUGCUCCUAAGGGACGAGAAGGCCAAGUAGGACAAAAUCACAAGGAAAGGGAAAAGAACUCAGCCUGGGGAGCAGCCCACAUAGGUUAGACGGAGGUACUGUUCCCGGUUUGCCUGGUUAGCCACCACAGUCUCCAUGCCACUGGGCUGGAAGCUUGGCCACCCCAGAGUGCUUUGCUGAAGGAUUAGUCAGGGGCAAAGUGCCCCCUAACCCCAGGGUCAGACCCAGCCACAGAGUCCCCAGUCAGGGCUGGAUUAAUUGGACGUUUGUGCCCAGGGAUUGUGCUGUUUUGUGUAACAGCAGCCCUAUGCCGGAAACAGCUUUUGCUGGCACCCCAACCUACAUUCCAAUCCUGGGUUCCCUCUUGAUUACUUUCGUGCCUGACGUUUUCCAGCUGUCCGGCACAACCUAGACCGGGCCACCUCCAUUCCUGCUUGUGUGGCGGGGCACGUAUGCCCUGCCGCUCAGCUUGCCUUCUGCUCAGUGCGCAGGUCGGCCAGCCGCUCCCACAAUGGCUCCCGCAGACAUUCUCGGGUGGCCUGUUGCCCCUCAUCACCAACUUUCACACUUACCCCUGAUUCCUUCCGCACCAAGAAGACAGGAGCCAGCAGACAUGAGUUCCCGUGGCAUUUCCCCUGUCGCUACGUGGCUCCUCGCUUCCCUCGGUCCUCAACCCAUUCUCUUAAAGUCAACCCCUUGGCAGCGCAGGGCCUGGAUCCCCCUCCCUUCUCCCCUCUGAAUUAAUUUGCCUCUCUCCUGCCAAGUUUGGGGGAAAGGCUAAAAAAUGUCAGCCUCAGAAACAACUGUAUCAUCUGGUGGCUUUGGUUAAUGUGAAUCAGUGCCUCAGGACCUGUGUGCUAUGUCCUUGGUACAAAACCAUCCACGUGACCUAACUACCUCCCCUGGCUGCUCCUCUCUGUCCUCCUCUCUCCUCCCUGUCCAGCCCCCCGGGGGGGGGGUUGUGCAGGUGCGUUUACUACACAUUUCCAGUAGUUGGCAUUAAAGUGCCUUUUUCUAAUAAAAUCAGUUUAUUAUGACAA